AUGAAGUUAGUAUUUGUUGAUAGUAAUCCAUUGAUGGUCAAAUGCUGGACUCAUCAUUAUCAAGUACUAUCAACAAUUUACAAAUCAUAUAAUUUCUUUCAUCGUAAUGAUUUCAAAUUUCGAUUUUAUAAUCACACCAUACAAGAAAUGGUCGUAAAAUUCAAAUUUAAUUCUGGUAAAUCUUCUAUUGUUACACCAGCAAAUUCAUUGAGCUACAUGGGAGGUGGAUUUGAUUUAUAUUUACUUGAAGCUAUGUUAUUAGGAACAAAUUUUACUUAUAAAUAUUUAGAAAAUAUUAUUCAAAAUUAUCAAUUACUGAAAUAUCAAGGAUAUUUAAUUACAAAUCAAAUAUAUAAGAUUAAUUUAUUAGAAUUACCUGAUUUUGAUUACAAAUCAACUUUAAUUUAUCAAAAUUGGAAUUUAUUAGAAUUGAUUGAAAUACCAACUAUGAUUAUCCCAGAGAAAAUCCAUUCAAUUUCUCAUUUGUUUGAUUCAAUAUGGAAUCUAAUGCAUAAUAUUGAUCCUAAUGUUAUAGACACUUUGAUAUUACCAGGAAUCGGAACUGGUUAUGGAAAUCUUAAUGAAUAUGAAUCAACAAAGAUUAUGUUAUUUGCUAUUUUCUUAUAUAAUAUUUCAUUUGGUAAAAACCCUACUAGGUUUGAUCAUUUGAAGAAAUCCUUGUUGGUGUUAUUCUUUUUUAAUAAAGAUUAUAGAAAGUUAAGAAAUCCUGGAGAUAUAGAAGAGUUGGAAACUAAUGUGAUUAGUGAAUAUGGGAAAAAUAUACAAUUUGAAGAGAAUAAAGUAAUGGAACUAGAUGAAGUGUUUAAGUGUAUCCAGUGGUAG